AUGGAGGUGAGGUACGAUCAUGUGAAAAUGCAUGAUGUUCACAAGGGCCAUGAAGCCAUGCAUGCCAGCAUGGUGCUGGUAUUGUUCAUGACGCUGAUUGUUUGUCAAGUCGGGCUCAUCCAGUGGAGACAACGACAUUACCGGUCUUAUCAGGCCGUGACGUUGUUGGGCAUGUGGCUAAUACCGUUAGUGCUGUCUGUGAAGAACCUCUGGUGGCGAUUCAUCGCCAUUUGGGUCGUGUUCUCCAUUCUGACCGGAUUGGUCAUGCGGAAAGCGAUGCAGAAACCGCUGUCUGGUACUACUCCCAGGUGA